CUUCUGCCACUCGCUGUUGUCCCAGCAGCCAGCCCCCGCCUCCCUUCUCAGGAAGCUCGGGUCUCCCUGGGAGCCCGGCUGCCCUUGGGGGAGGCCUCUGAGCUGUGUGCCCUGCAGCUCCGCCAGCUUUCGGGGUGACAUUAGAGGGGCUCUGCGCCCCCCGCGUGGCUCGCGGCUAAGCCCAACAGGAGGGAGCCUCUCCGCGGAGGAGUGAGGAGGACGGGAGGGAGAGGCGCGCCAGAUCCUCGGUCCCGGGCGCCCUGGUCGGCCGCGGAGGAACUGCAGCCUCCAACAGGGAGUUAAGCAUCUCUGCCGUGCUAUCUACUCUGCUUGGUGUCUGACUCUCCUGCAUCCCAGCUCGUCCAGGAAGCACAGGUGGGCUCAUUUCCCAAAGGCAGACCAGCCAGGAGUGCUGAAUGCGAAUUCAGCCACGGGCUAGAGAGCAUUAACCAAAGCCUGCAGGAUGGACUUCGUCAUGAAGCAAGCCCUCGGAGGGGCCACCAAGGACAUGGGGAAGAUGCUGGGGGGAGAGGAGGAGAAGGACCCAGACGCACAGAAGAAGGAGGAGGAGCGGCAGGAGGCCCUGAGGCAGCAGGAGGAAGAGCGCAAGGCGAAACACGCCCGCAUGGAAGCCGAGCGCGAGAAGGUCCGGCAGCAGAUCCGAGACAAGUAUGGGCUGAAGAAGAAGGAAGAGAAAGAGGCAGAGGAGAAGGCAGCCCUGGAGCAGCCCUGUGAGGGAAGCCUGACCCGACCCAAGAAGGCCAUCCCUGCAGGCUGUGGGGACGAGGAGGAGGAGGAAGAGGAGAGCAUCCUGGACACAGUGCUCAAAUAUCUGCCAGGGCCGCUGCAGGACAUGUUCAAGAAGUAACCCGCCCUCCUCUGGCCCCUUCCACGUUAGGAUUUUUUUUUUUUUUUUUUUGUGUGUGUGUGUUCUUAGUCUUUCUUUUCUUUUUAUUCAGUUAAGUCUCAGUUCCAAAGGGGAAAACCUUAGUCGACCUCUGCCCCUUACCCUAGUCAAGGACUCCUCCCCUCUGCAGUCCCUGACAGACCCUUCAUCCCAGGGUUUCUAGUCCUGUUUCACUCCCAAGUAGCUUGAAAAAAGGAGGAGGAGGA